AUGCUGCAGUUCCUCUUUGUGUUCGUCCUUGUCAGUGAAGAUUUUCUCGGCGGGGGCUUCGAUGCUGAGAUAGCUGUGUUCUGGGCAUUGCAUCUGGAGGAGUUUCCGGAGUUCCCGGAUCUCUUCAGCGACUUCCCAGAAAACAACGUGGGAACUUGGAGGGCAAGCAUUGCCCACGACGCAAAGUACAGAGAUCUGUCUGGGACCAGCUUGGCCUCCCGCAACGGAGAUGGCUCCUUGAUCCAAUCCAACGAGCCUUCGGUCCUACUUUGGAUUUCUAUGGAAGCGAUCCUGCAGAUUCCACGGGCGCGCAAGACUGAUUUCAGCAACGGGCGUCCGGUAAACGAGCAGCAUACGAGCAGGGUUGUGGGAUACAUGCAAAGUGCAGCCGCGGAGAAGCCGUUGAGGGUCUACCUCACAUUACGCUUGGCACGGGGCCCAGACGAGCAAGCUCAACCACCGGAGAUGCGAUUUCUGUUCGCCUGCACGAUAUUUCAGCUUUUCCUUGUGCGCUGUUACGGAGAGACUUGUUUUCGAAGGAGUAUCACCGACCUGAUCUUGAAUGCUUCGGCACUGGGGACCAUCCUCGAGAUUGACGAGUUGGUGUUCGCUUCGCUGCUGCCGAAGAAGAUCCAGGUCCGGUACACGCGCGCGAAGAGUCAACUGGAGGGGACAUUGAUCCUCGUGGGAGUGGUCGUGGUGACCCUGGCUCCCAUCUUCGUUUGGGUGAUGCCACUGGUGGACAUAAUGCAGCAGGUCAAGAGCGAGUUCUGCUACGGCGCGCAGAACUUCGUCGUUGCCUACAACCAGGACGAGUACGACUGGAAUCUGAUCUACUUCGCAGACGACCCCGACACGUUUGCCCGAGACACUGUGAUUUCGCAAGCAUCGAUAUCCGACCAGAUCGUCGACUGUUUGGACGCGGACGACUGGCCUCGUCGUUACGGCGCAACAUACACAGAGAGAGAGAUACCACGGUUCCACGCCGCCGCAGCUAUGAUCGGACGAGACAACGCCACCACAUGUGCAGAACUGGCGGAUAAGUGUGGUGACUUCAGCUCGCGUCUUCUCCGCUCGGUCUGCCCUUUGACCUGCGGUUGCCACCUGCCGCAAGCCAACCAAUGGUUCAAGGUCCCGGCGCAGGGCUGCCCAAACGUUUGCCGAACGGAGGCCACCAAGCGCUCCCAGGACAUCCCGUGCCGUGACAGCCCCGUCGGGGAUAAUUGGCUGUCUUUCUGGGGCAGCUACCCGGACGUCAUGCAAGAACAUCUGGGGAUCAACUUCUCAGACCCGAACAACCCCAUAACGGGUUCCGAGUAUGUCCAUGGCCUCGCAACGUUCAUGCAGACAGCCGGCUGCCCCGGCCUCGUUUCAGUGGCGCAGGACCCCAUCACGAGGACUGAUUGGUGCCAGGGGAACACGCUCUUUGCAUCGCUGGCCUACAUCUGCCCGCUGUCCUGCGGCUGCUGGGCGGAUCCUCCGCCCGACUUCUGCCCGCGCAGCUGCAAGGCCUGUGGUGAUGAGGCCAACUUCCCAGCAAAUGCGAACAUUGCCAGCUGUGUCGAUGCAAAGCAGUACGGCAUCUGUGGUGUUCCCGCGGAGGCAGCGAGAUACUGCGCCGGCACCUGCGGCAUCUGCAAUGGCACUGCAAAUACCGCAGUGUGUCCCGAUGGUCCGCUGCCCGACUUGUUCGGCCUGGGUACUUGCGCAGACGUCCAGGCCGCGGGCUGGUGCCCCCUGCUGAACUUCUUGGAUUCCUCGGUGAGUUUCAUUUGUGGCCGAUCGUGCGGUACAUGCACCUGA